AUAUCGAGAGUCAAGUCAAACGAGUUUCAAUGCCCGGAAAAGUUCGGUCACUUCGCGGACUCGAGCGACUGUUCCAGGUACUUUGUGUGCGACCAUGGUAGGACCUUGGUGCAACAGUGCGAUGAUGGCCUACUGUACAACACAUAUCUCAAAACGUGUGAUUGGCCGCGAAAUGUACAGUGCGAUAGAGGGGGUAAACGGGUGAAUACCCGCCGGAAUCCGGAUUUACAGAAAAACACAAAUUAUCGACAGUUUGACGAUUCAAAUCACUUGAAUGGCGAACCAAACAGAGAUAAUGAAGACCUGAACGACGAUAACAGAGCGCCGCCUAAUCCCCAGGCGCUGGACCUGAAGUCCAAUUUCCCUAAAUGGCAUCAAAACUUCAGUCCCCUAACAGACAGUCGACCCCAACCACGGGGACCAACAUCUAAACCACAAGCGCCGGCAUCGAAACCCGUACCCAAUGCCCGACCACUGGCCUCACCGCCUACAACUACAACCAACACAGACAGCCCUCCCAGUGAGCGCCGGGAACCCAACUUUUUCGAGUACGACGACGUGCCCGACUACUACGAGUACGAGGAGGACAUACGUCCCGUUCCCAAGCGUAACGUCCGGAAGCCCGUCCAGGAGGAGGACCCCAGCGUUGGCGUCGAUAAGUCAAAGGCGCCGUCCGUUAAGCGCAUGGGUUGGCUGCCGGGGGACUCGGAUUCAAAUGAGAUGAAUGACUAUCACUGGUCUCCCGAUGAUGGGGUCGAGUACUCCAAAGACAAGCCUAACAUACCGGACGAGGCGUUCAUCAAAAUGAAGGACUUCCGCAACCCGGAGAAGCAGCUGAGAGAUGAUAACACCCCUAAUGAGGGCCCGGAGCCCAAGGAUGAUGACUACGACGACUACUACGAGGACGACGAGGAGCCGGAAGGAGAGGCCGAACACCCGCCCAGUGAUGAUGACCACCACCACCACCACCACGACGACGAUGAUCACCACCACCAUCACGAUGAGGAACAGGAGGAACCGGCAACUGAGGCACCCAAUCAGGCGCAGCCUAACAGCCCUAAUAAUAAGGUGGUCUAUGACGACGACGCCGAGGUUAGGACGCAGCCUAAGGUGCCACCGCCCGGCGCUCGACCCCCGCCCAGAGCUCGGGUACCCGUCCCGCCAGCGGGUAAUUAUUUGCGCACAAAACCGGCGGUCGCCAGAGCGCCGGUAGCCUCGCCGCCCACCACUGCACACAAUCAGUACAACUCGCGGGAGCCAUACAUACGAAAUAGUCCGCAGUUCGCGCGCACACCAGCACAGGUCGACCCCUCCCGGUCCGACCCCUCAGGCUUUGACAAAGAAAUAGGGCCGAGAGCUGCCGUCGCACACAAUAAGCCGGUGCCCAAGGCCUACAUACCUAAUACCGGCGCCUAUUUGACUAAAAAGAUUAAACCGAUUAUCAAAGCUAAAAUACAUUACAAAAAUAACAACAGCCCGUACCUGAAGCCGGUGCUCGACAGCGAUAGCAAGCGUAUCGAUAGCACCGGUAGCACCAGUAGUCCCGACGCUAACAAUAUUAAUGACCACAAGAGGGGAACUCUGGUUCAGUCGAUGCCGAGAAAUCCCGUUAAGAAAAAGAUUGUAAUCAAAAAGUUUGUUAGCAAUAAACAUAAGCCAAAUAAGGCGCAGGGCGUGCAGACACUGAGCUCCGAGUCGGACAGCCCGUCCAUAUACCAGGUGCUGAACGACUACAGGCAACAAAUGCCGGACACUAUACUCAAGCAGAAAACGAUGGCCCAUGAGUUCCGCGACUCUAUUAUCGAUAACUACAUGAAUAACGAUAAACCAAAUUAUAUACUCAAUGACCACGACUUUGACGGCAAGACAUUGAAUGUGAAGGUUAUGGGUGAGGAGGGGGACAGGGAUGGCGAGCUGGUACGCGAGUUUGACCAGGACUUUGAGGGACAUACGGCUAAGGGGCCGAGUAGUAGUGAGAGACAUAAUGGUAAUGAUAGGCAGAAUAGUAAUAGCGAUAGGAGUUCUGUGCAUAUGUUAGCAAAUAAUACAAAUGUUAAUCACGUGGACAAGAAGUUAGUGGACAAGUAUCCCGUUUUGAAUACCGAUGCCAUUGUUAAGCACCAGAGAGAGUAUGCGGUCAAUGCUAUCACACAAACGCCAAUAACUGUUACUAAAACGCCGUCAGACAAUAAGUGGUAUAAAAAUGUGACAAAUAAUCGGCACAAGAUUGUAAUCACAGACUAUAGACCCCCACCUAAACGGACGCCACAGACCAUGUUUGGGUGGAAACAGUCGGUCGUGUUUGAGCCCCCGGUGACCACCACCACCACAAUCCGGCCCUUUAUAAUGCCGACCCAAAUCACCACCACUACAGCCAAACCCCGCAUACGUAUAAAAGCGGCAAAAGUGAGCCAACCGGCGGUCAAACCCACCAAACCAGUAAAACCCCCGAAAGCACCGGCACCUGAAUGGUAUCAAAACAUCAAAUACGAUGCAAAACAGUCUGUCCGGACAGCCAGUUAUGCGAAGGCAGACAAAUGCAGUCCAAUGUACUGUAAGCUUCCGGACUGCCGGUGCGGUGGCACCGAUAUACCCGGUGCUCUUCACGUGAAACAAACCCCUCAGAUAAUAAUGUUGACGUUUGACGACUCCGUCAAUGAUCUCAAUUGGGAUAUCUAUGACGAGCUGUUCAACAGCGGUAGGAAUAACCCGAACGGCUGUCCCAUUCUGGCCACAUAUUACGUGUCCCACGAGUGGACGGACUACUCGCAGGUGCAGACACUAUACGCCAAGGGACACGAAAUGGCAUCCCAUUCCGUCACCUCU